GGAGCCCGUGCGGGGCGAGCGGCCGUCCAUGCGGCGGCGCUCGGGAAGCACGCGGAGCUGAGGAGGCUGACGCUCCGGACUAGCCCCAGGAGCUGAACAUCACUUGAACCUGCCGAAAACGGGGGACCCCUCUGAGGAACCCUUGCCUUAGCCUGGACCUGCAGCAUCAUGGUUUUCCAUUUCACAAGCUGUCUCAGUGCGCUGGCCACCAUCCUGCUGCUCGGUUCUCAGCUUGUUUGCCCACAGUCCUCUACUGAACACAGAAAGGUCCCACAACGGAUGGCCGUGGCAGAGGGAACCCCAGAGGACAAUGGUGGUGGCUCUCCAGGAGUCUGGGGCUCUUGGGGCCCCUGGUCUGCCUGUUCACGCAGCUGCAGUGGCGGUGUGAUGGAGCAGACGCGGCCCUGCUUGCCCAGCUCCUACCGCAGUCGUGGAAGUUCGCGACCCGGUGGCCCUACGCUGUCCUUCACUGGCCAUGUCGUGUCAGCCGUACGCACCUCAGUACCACUGCAUCGAAAUCGUGAGGAGCAACGUGUCCCGGCUGGCUCCGAUGCCAGCCGCCCAGGCCCCACAGUGGUGCGAGGGAGCCGCCACCCACAGGCCCGGGGCCGAGAACCCUCAGAGAGAAGGAGCAGGACCCGAGGUCCCAUCGGCCCUGGCAAGUACGGUUAUGGGAAGGCUCCCUACAUCUUACCACUGCAGACGGAUACCACACAUACUCCACAGAGGCUUCGGAGACAAAAGCCUUCAUCCCGGCAUUCCAGGUCCCAGGAGGCCUCUGCUUCUAGGCAGGGCUACAGGCCACCAGCCCACCAGUUCUCCCACAGUGAACCUCUCUACCAAAGUGACAGCGGCCCUCGUUCUGGACUGCCGGCUUCUGAGGCCUCUGUCUAUCAGCUGCCUUUGACUCAUGAUCAAAGCUAUCCUGCAGCUCCAGGCCUCUACCACAGUACGGAAUUGAGCAGCCACAGCGGUGCCAGGCCCCAGGGCUCAGCUCAGGCCUUUUCCCAGCAUCUGCGGUCUACAGCCAUCUCGUGCAUUGGGGCCUAUCGGCAGUACAAAUUGUGCAACACUGACGCAUGUCCGGAAAGUGGUAGAAGUAUCCGGGAGGUCCAGUGUGCAUCCUACAACAACAAGCCAUUCAUGGGCCGUUUUUAUGAAUGGGAACCAUUUGCAGAAGUAAAGGGCAAUCGCAAGUGUGAGUUGAACUGCCAGGCCGCCGGCUACCGCUUCUACGUGCGACAAGCUGAGAAGGUCAUUGAUGGCACCCCCUGUGAUCAGAAUGGCACAGCCAUCUGUGUCUCGGGACAGUGCAAGAGCAUUGGCUGUGAUGACUUCCUGGGCUCCGACAAAGUCGUGGACAAGUGUGGGGUGUGCGGAGGCGACAACACAGGCUGCCAGGUGGUGUCGGGAGUGUUCAAGCAUGCCCUCACCAGCCUGGGCUACCACCGCGUCGUCGAGAUUCCCCAAGGAGCCACGAAAAUUAACAUUACAGAGAUGCACAAGAGCAACAACUAUUUGGCCUUGCGAAGUCGCUCCGGUCGCUCUAUCAUCAACGGGAACUGGGCAAUCGAUCGCCCGGGGAAGUAUGAGGGCGGAGGGACGAUGUUCACCUACAAGCGACCCAAUGAGAUCUCCAGCACUGCCGGGGAGUCCUUUUUGGCUGAAGGUCCCACCAAUGAGAUCCUGGAUGUCUAUAUGAUUCACCAGCAGCCCAACCCAGGAGUCCACUACGAGUACGUGAUCAUGGGGAACAAUGCCAUCAGCCCACAGGUGCCAGCCCACAGAAGACCAGGAGAACCGUUCAAUGGGCAGUUGGAAGCAGAAGACAGACGCCUGGAGGACAGAGACGACCGGGACAAGAACCAGGAGAAGGAAGACUCACGUGCCGAGGCCCCUGAGGUACUGACUUCGGCAUCCUCGCACACACAGACCUUCCCAAUCAGGCAUCCUGACAGAUUCCCUGCCCACCGCCCAGACAACUUGGUGCCACCAGCACCACAGCCCCCCAGGAGAAGCCGGGACCACAACUGGAAGCAGCUGGGGACAACAGAAUGUUCCGCCACCUGUGGGAAAGGAUCACAGUACCCAAUCUUCCGCUGUGUGCACAGGAACACGCAUGAGGAGGUUCCCGAGAGUUACUGUGACUCCAGUAUGAAGCCAACCCCGGAGGAGGAACCCUGCAACCUCUUCCCCUGCCCAGCCUUCUGGGACAUCGGGGAGUGGUCCGAGUGUAGCAAAACCUGCGGCCUGGGCAUGCAACACCGCCAGGUUCUGUGCCGCCAGGUGUAUGCCAACCGCAGCCUGACAGUGCAGCCCUACCGCUGCCAGCACCUGGAGAAGCCUGAGACCACCAGCACCUGCCAGCUCAAGAUCUGUAGUGAGUGGCAGAUUCGGACCGACUGGACCUCGUGCUCGGUGCCCUGCGGCGUGGGGCAGCGGACCCGCGACGUGAAGUGCGUGAGCAACAUCGGGGAUGUGGUGGAUGACGAGGAGUGCAACAUGAAGCUCCGACCGAAUGACAUCGAGAACUGUGACGUGGGGCCCUGCGCCAAGAGCUGGUUCCUUACAGAAUGGAGUGACAGGUGCUCAGCCGAGUGCGGGGCUGGCGUGAGGACUCGCACAGUGGUGUGCAUGACCAACCACGUCAGCAGCCUGCCUCUGGAAGGCUGCGGGAACAACAGGCCGGAAGAGACUACACCAUGUGACAACGGGCCCUGCACAGGCAAGGUGGAGUGGUUCUCCGGCAGCUGGAGUCAGUGUUCUGUUGAGUGUGGCAGUGGGACACAGCAGAGGGAGGUGAUCUGUGUUAGGAAGAAUGCAGACAUCUUUGAAGUGCUAGACCCUUAUGAGUGUUCAUUCCUGGAGAAGCCUCCGAGCCAGCAGGCAUGCCACCUCAAACCUUGUGGAGCUAAAUGGUUUAGCACAGAAUGGAGCAUGUGCUCCAAGAGCUGCCAGGGCGGAUUCCGGGUCCGAGAAGUGAGGUGUCUGUCAGAUGACAUGACCCCCGGUAGCCUCUGCGACCCCCAGUUGAAACCAGAAGAGAGAGAAUCCUGUAACCCUCAGGACUGCGUCCCUGAAGUUGAUGAAAACUGCAAGGACAAGUACUACAACUGCAAUGUGGUGGUCCAGGCGCGCCUCUGUGUCUACAACUACUACAAGACCGCCUGCUGUGCCUCCUGCACCCGCGUGGCCAACAGACACACAGGCUUCCUGGGAAGUCGAUAACACUCCUGCUCCCCUGCGGCUGCCAACAGUGCACCUGACUGGCCGGUGCUCUGCCAGGGACCCCCACUCUCACCUUCGUAAAGCGUACCACCCGGUACCCAAGAUGCUAGAACGCCACGGCUGGCCCUUUGAGCAUCGCUCUGUCCUGAUGACGCCCUUCCUUGGGAACUGGCACCUGCUAAUGGGGCCUACUGAAAACCAAGCAGUCAUAUGCAUGCAGCUCUCAGCCCAACUUCAGGCUUGCUGUUGUCCAAGUCAGCAACCGAACCACUGACGAAACACAGCCUCCUUCCUGGUGCUACUGGCCUGCCCAGAAUUAGCACCCCUUUGGAAAGUCAAGAGAGGAGAGCACCCCAUCCUACGUCACCAACAAACCUCACUGAGACCUGUGCAUCCCUGUUGCCUCAGCCCAGCCGUGCCUGUCACCAUUCUUAAGGACAAUAGACUGUGUCCUGCCUCAGGACAGAGGUAUCCCACCACAGAGUGCUUUCUUGUUUAGCAGGCACAUACAUUCUCAGACAUUAGCUCGCUGGAGGCCAUGGUGUCCCAGAACAGGAAGCAGGGUUGAAUAGGUGCUUCUGCUUAACUAGCAAGGAACCGAGGCUCAACCCAGAUAACUGAGCUGGCCAUUUUGUGCCAGGGCUGAGUGCCUACCUCAGAUGACUGAGCAGAAUCUCACCCCACAGCACCUCCAGUGACCAGCCUGGGGCCUGUCCACCGGCCUAUAGUCUGAAGAAUGACCCGGGCUUCCUAUCUGACCAGAGGGUCGAGUUGGAUUUUAUGUAUGGAGCCCAAGCUUCUGAAGCCCUUCCUCUGUCCCCAAGUGCUGCCUCAACUGAGUAUUUAGUCCUUUUCAAGAUGUCUGCACCCCUGUUCCCCGUCUCUGAGUCGCAGCUCCUGCUGACAGGACUCUGUGGUGUUUGCUAAGUUCGGUCCUCAACAGAACUUUCCCACAAGACAAGAAAGCCACAGGGAAAGCAAGGAGGUGGCAGGGAUUUUCUGGGGCACUCUGGAGCUGGAACAAAUCCCCAAAUCCCACAAGCUUUAGUUCUGCCAUCUCUCCUGGGUUCUCUGUGGCGUACCCCCUGCUGGAAAGCCAAGCCAGUAGUCCCAGGAAAUCUCCACGUUGCAAUAGGAGGAGUCUUAUUUGGGCCUCGUGGGUUGAUUAAAGGGUUCUUGUUGGUAGUCUCACAUCCCUCCCUACUCUCCUUCUCCCCUCCCCCUCCCGUUCCCCUGUGACUCAUGACUCUUACUUCCCACAAGACUUGACCAUCAAGAUCAGUUUUAACAAUGCGGGUCUUGGAGAAGGAGCUCCGAGGUCCUCCCCAUCUUCGCUGACACACUUUAGCCGACUGUAAUUCCAGAGGCCCCAGGCCUGAGGGGACUCAGUGCAUACUGAAGGUGAACCGUCAGUUCACCUUCAGUGAACUGACUGGAGGCUGGGGAAGACAAUUAAGAGGAAUAUUCUUUUCUUAAAAAGUGUAAACUUACAGAAAUUUUCUUAUUUCGGGUCCUGGGCAUGUUUGUCUUAAAGCAGGCACAUACCGUAGCACAGGGUCCCUUCAUGAGCUCAUUACCUGCCCCAGCCAGCGUGGCAAUCAUUCCCAGCUGUGCGGCUAUGUUGCCUGUCUGGUCUGACACACUCUGUCAGGAUCAGGAUCACACUGACUUUGGCCUUCUGUGAGCAUCUCCAGCAUCUCUCUCUCUCUCUCUCUCUCUCUCUCUCUCUCUCUCUCUCUCUCUCUGCUUGGGAAACCGGGCACCGCGUCUAUCAGCAGCUCCGCCUCUCCUCGUGUUCCUAUGGCGUGUAGACACACAGCCCAGCAGAGACUGUGCCAACCAUGCUAAGCAUGAGGAGAAGCCAUUGCACACAGUUUCUGUCCAGUUUCCUCCCUGCUCCUCUCACUGCAUGCUUUUGCCUGUCCUGGGAAGGAAAAUGUCCUAGCAACUGAAGCCACCCAGCAUCAGGCUAACAGGGACGAAAGACCUUCUCUGUGGUCCUUCCAGCUCUCAAAUUCUCAGGGCUGGGCUGGGUUGACGAUGGCUUUGUCUAUCCUGUGUCUCAGGCAUCACCUCAGAGUUCUUAUCGGAAGGACAGUGAUCCUCCGGUAGAGUGGGAAUGGUCAGAGCAAAGGGCCAGGCCCUGGACUUCAGGCAAAGAAAAGAAACACCUCUCCUGAGUUCAGAGGAAUUUCCCAGAAAAAUGAGCUGUCCUCGAGAGGUCUGUUCCCUUUAAAAGGUUAUAGAUUUCUAGAAUGGGGCCGAUUAACCUCUUUGUUGUAGAAGGCCAAUCUCUCAAAUAAUGGUUUCUUCCAUUGUCUGCAUGGCUUUCUCCCUUCCGCAGUGUGUACAGCGGGGGGGGCUCUGGGGAAUCCCCAGUGAUCACCAGGGAGGGGACACCAGUCCCGGCAGAUGAUCCUUCAUCUGCCUUCUCGGGCCACUCCACAUCUCCUUCAUUGACUGUGAUGUGGAAUUGAAACAUAUUACAACGCUGAUUUCCCAUCCCCCCACCCCGUGUGUCAGAGGCUACAUCCCUAGCUCUGAGUGAAAAAUUAGAUAAAGUAAAGCUACUGUGUAGUCUUUCUCAACAAAAGUCAGCAAAGCCCCAAAUUAAAAGCCUGUGCUGAUUCUCUUCCACUCACUGGAAAAAGCACCUUCCUUGCAGCCCCUGUGGAAAUCUAUCUCGGUUCACCUUCCAGGGCCUGCAGGAAAUAUGCCACCCGACCACUAGAGGGAGCAGUUCUCUUCUCGUAAACCAUGCUCGCCCUAUUAAGAAGCCAGAGCUCUGCUCAUCUCUCAGUGGCUCAGGGAGGGAGUUCUCAUAACUGCCCCAGCUGCUCCUUUGCUUCACUUCUCAGUCCAGGAUUUCUGUGUUUUGUCUUCUCUCCUUGCUUUUGGUACAGUCCAUCCGUUUGGUCUCUAAGCGUUUACACCCAACACUCUCUCUGUAAAGGUAGAUUUCUCGAGGGCUGGAAAAUGGAAGAUGCUAGCUCAACUUGUGUGGAAUGGAGAUCUAGCUAUUGCUCACACCUGCCCAAGAUAAUCUCCUCAUCUUAUUAAUAGCUGUCUUAGAGUUGACAUAUUAGUUUUUCCCAUGUGAGGAACAAAAUGAACGACUACAUUACAACAGGGUGAUUACAUUAUUACAGGUGUCAGCCCCACAGGCCAGUGUCUGAUCCUUGACAGAUAAAACAUUGUGUGUGUAGCCUGGAUGUCUUAGAAGAAAACUGGCCAAUGCCCUGGCCUUGGAGAGCCAAGAGCCAGAGCAAGAAGAGUCUGAAAGAUUUAUAAAGAAAAUUUAAAAAAAAUAAAUAAAUAAGAAGUGAAGAGAAAGCCCGGACCUCACCAGUUCCCUGGGAAACGGCUGUAGUCUAACCUUUGGAUUAAAAGAACAACUGUACUGUUAAAAAAUGAUGGAGAGGGAAGAAUUUCAGCUAAGAUCAAAGUGUGUCAGGAAAGUGGGGAGGAAAUGGCAAAACAUAGCUGACCCCGGGACUAGCAAGUUAGCUCAAUUGACAAAGUGCUGAGACCAAGACUGAGCCCAAAUCUCAAUCCACAUGCAAAAAGCCAGCUGUGAUGUACUCACUUGUAAUCCCAGCAUGGGAGAGGCAGAGGCAAGUUCCAGGCCAGUGAGAGACCGUGUUUCAACAUUGUGGAUGACACCUGAAGCCCAACAGUUGAUGUCCUCUGACCUCCACAUGCAUACACAUAUGUGUAUCUAUAUAUGCCAUGCCACAAGCCACCAAGGCCACAGAGGAAACAUAGAUGAGAGUCCUGGUACACGUGUCUGUAGGAAGACUACCGCUUAUAUGUAACGCUCAGAUGUGGUUUUCCAAUUCUGAUAAAGAGGACUGUUAGAGACAGAGUGUUGGACUUCUGAGGAGCGACGUCACAGAAGAGACACCAUGCGAACCCUCAGUGAAACAGAAUAGCAAACUUCUGCAAGCUGAUGUAGAUCUAUGGAUGCAGGGCUGCUGGGGACAGUCGCCCUUAGGGGUGGCAGCUGAGACAGGACAGGUGUGUCAGGAUGUGGGAAGGGGUCAACUCGCUGCUCCAGGUCAUCUCCACGUCCAGGGUUUGGCGGCUCCGAGUGGCACAGCUCUGGGUGGUGCAUCUGCUUAGAGACAGCAAGUGACGGCUGCUGCCACCUUGUCACCGUCUGAAACCCAUUUGUGCCUCUCCUGUGAACAGCAUGUGACCUCAUAUGGCAGCCACUGGCAACCUAGUCAGAGCCAUCUCGACGUUUGCGUCCCAAAGGGGCACAGGAACAUGGGGGGCAGCUAGCUGGGGUCAUAUGCCUUCAUGGAGGCCGCUUUGACUAGUCUGGGCCACUCACCGCCAGUCUCUUUUGUAAGAGCACCUGGACUUGCUGACAAAGAGUAAGCCUCCAUCCCAAACCAUCCUUUAUGUCUGAAUCCUCCUUCCGGUGGGAUGCCCAUCACAUUGUGGAAAGUAGCCCCAAGAAUGUGGAAGCUCCCCACCUCCUGAGAGGAUGAGUCCCUGGCCUGAGUGAGAGACAAAUCCAUUCUGUUACAUCCACUGACUCGCCCCUUUCUGCCCCCCAGCCCCCCAACAUCCACCCGACAGAAGGAUAUACUUUGCUAUAACUUAUUAUUAUGUUCUUUGUAAAUACAAGAUGUUUAUAGGAAAAGUGUAUUCUGAACUUUAUCUGCAGAGUGGCUCGUGACACCAAAAUAGUUCUGUUUAUUUAGAAUAUGUUCAUUGUUAAAGGGACCCAAUAGGUAUUUAUUUACAUAUACCAUCCAUAUUUUCAUACAUUCAUUGGAUCAUACUAACCCAGCCUCCUGGUAUAUGGCUGCACCGUGGUGUCUUAUUCUAAGUCAAUCCUGAUAGUCGUUUAGUACAGUGAUUGGCCAAACUUUUGGAAGUUUAAGAUCAAAUAUGACUGACCCUGCUUUUGACAUAUUCAGGGGUUCCCCCGCCAGUAUUGUGCCUAAGACUGCCACCUUUCUGUCUUAAAUAUUCUAUUUUUUUUUUCAUAUAAUCUGCUCUUUCCUCACACCCAAACACUCAGAGAAGGGCAGGUGGCUUGUGUUUCUCUUCCCUUCUCAGUGUGGCCCGUUGUAGCUUCGCCAGCCUCAUGCCUCAGGUCAGAGCUGUGGACGACCUGGGCUGAAGGGGCUGUGAGAGGCUUGGGGACUGGUGGCAACCUCUCAGCUCUGAUGACAACUCCAGGGUCCUUGUUGGUGGCUCCUGGGGCCAGGGCCUCCAGGCUGACCUGUGGACUGCAGAGUCAGGAGCGAGAAGCCCACUGGGGAACUGGGGACAACACCAGCCCGUGUCUCCUUUACAGUGUUAAAUUAUUAUGGAAGGAGGAGAUGAGCAGAAGGUGAAUUAUAUGAGCAAAUAUGGGCUGUUUUCAGCACUAUUUUGUGUACAACUAAUUUAUUUUUAUUGUAAAAAUACAAUAAACUGGGUAAAUAGUUCA